AUGAGGGCCUGUGUCCCCCUGAUAGUGGCCAUGCUCUGUGGCCUGGCCUGGGCCGGCAAAAGGGAGUCAUGCGCAUCUCGCUGUAAUGAGAGAUUUGACCAGGAUGCUGUCUGCCAGUGUGACCGCCGGUGUCCCCGGCACAGGGACUGCUGUGAAGACUAUGAGCAGCUGUGUACAGCUGAAGAGAAUCCCAGAGAACCAGAGCCAUUCCUGGAGCUGGAGGAGGAGACGGAGGGCGCCCCGGCUAGCAGCUUGUACUUGGCACCCAACUCCUGCCAGGGCCGCUGCCUGGAGGCCUUCGACAAGCACCACCCAUGCCACUGCAAUGCCCGCUGCCCAGAGUUUGGAAACUGCUGCGAGGAUUUUGAGAGCCUGUGUGGCCAUGAGGGCUUCUCCCACAGCAGUGACGCCAUAACCAAGGAAGAACUGCAGAGUGUCUCUGAGAAGAUCUACAGGGCAGACACCAACAAAGCCCGGAAGGAAGACAUCGUUCUCAACAGCCAAAACUGCAUCUCGCCCUCCGAGACCAGAGACCAAGUGGACCGCUGCCCAGAGCCGCUCUUCACACAUGUCAACGAGAAGCUCUUCUCGAAGCCGACCUAUGCCGCCUUCAUCAACCUCCUUAACAACUACCAGCGGGCCACGGGCCGCGGGGAGCACUUCACAGCCCAGGAGCUGGCUGAGCAGGACACCUUCCUCAGAGAGAUCAUGAAGACGGCCGUCAUGAAGGAACUCUACGGCUUCCUCCAGCAGCAGAACCGCUACAGCUCGGAACAGGAGUUCGUCAGCGACCUGAAAAACAUGUGGUUUGGGCUGUAUUCCAGAAGCAAAGAAGAGAGAGACUCAAGUGGCUUUGAGCACGUCUUCUCAGGUGAAGUCAAAAAAGGCAAGGUCACUGGCUUCCAUAACUGGAUCCGUUUCUACAUGCAGGAGAAGGAUGGCCUGGUGGACUAUUACAGUCACAUCUAUGACGGGCCUUGGGAUUCUUACCCUGACGUGCUGGCCAUGCAAUUCAACUGGGAUGGGUACUACAAGGAAGUGGGCUCGGCUUUCAUUGGCAGCAGCCCUGAGUUCGAGUUUGCGCUCUACUCUCUGUGCUUCAUCGCCAGGCCAGGCAAAGUGUGCCAGCUGAGCCUGGGUGGACAUCCCUUGGCCAUUCAGACCUAUACCUGGAACAAGUCAACCUAUGGAAAUGGCAAGAAGUACAUCGCAACAGCCUAUAUUGUGUCCUCCACCCAUUAGAGCUUCAAGCCAGAAAGGCGUAUGAGGGGAGUGAGAGGUCUUAUAGGACUGAGAUGCUAUUUGCUCUGUGCUGGAGGGUAUGGGAUUAGAGGAGACUGGGAAGAAUUCCCCAAUCCAGAAACGUUCCUGUGGGAAAGAAGGAAACUAUAUAAGUUAGAAAAACAGUCAAAUCUUUGUCCUCCAGCACUUUGGAAAUAGAAGGUGAGGACCCUCCAUAGCUGUUUGCCUUGAAGGGAGAUGGAACCAUGAAGAAGUCCUUGACCUAUCCAGGCCUCAUGUUUCCUUUCAAUGCAAAGGGAAGGGGUUUGCUCCACUUCCUCUUCUGGGGGUUGGUAAGAAGGCAAACCUGAUGCUAUUUUUACUGUGAAGAUGUUUUCAAUUGUUCUUAGGAAGAACGGGCCGAUAGAAAUCCCAGAUAACCAUAAUGGCUGUGUACACAGCACUGCAAACUGUAAUCACCCCUGUACUGGGGCUUCAAAGAAAUCAGGCCAUGGAGAUCAAGGGCAGGUGUUUGGUUUUUCUGAGGGUUAUAUCCUCUAAGGAUAUAACCCUCGCAGAACAGGGUCUGCGAGAGGGUAAGGGCUGAUGCAGUGAGUAGGCUGGAGAGGGAGUACACUCCUCCAGGCCUGAUUUUUUUUUUUUUUUUUGCAGCUAGGUAACUGCAUCAAGAAACUUCCUAUUUGUAGAUAUUAAGGGCAGUUACAGAACUGAAUUUUGAUCCCAAAGAGUUUGUAGAAGAGUUUCCCUCAUAGGAGGAAGAUUCUACAUCAGAAGAAGAAAGGAACCUAUAGUUUGGUAUCGCUAACAUAAUUAUCUUAAGUCUCAUUCAGCAGCCAAAAUUUGCAUAAGCUCCAAAAUGGAAGACAGGGAGACUGGGGCUCCCUAUUUCAGCCUCAAUCAUGCAUUUCUCCCCUAACCGCACUGGGGACCAGAUGCUGUCCCACAGAGUGAGGCUUUAGACUCUUGCAUC